AUGCCGAAAGACAACGGAGAGCUGGCGCGAGCCAACGCCUGCGUCACUGCCCUGUCGCCUGUUAAGCCGCAGCACACCCUGCUGGAUGUUAUAUUCCUUUGUACGCGGAACGUUUGGGAGCGCUGCAAUCACGGCGCUCAAGCGGGCGUAUCACACGGUAUCCUCUCUCGCAUUUCGCGGGCAUCUGAACCCAAGCCAAAAUUGCCAUCGCGGCUGGGAAUUCAACCUGGAAAUUCCUCUUCGCGGCGGAGCAGAACCCUAGCCACUGAAUCACCGCGUCUGGCGCAGAUGGCGCACGAACUGAGAACAGUGAUGACCCCAAAUUACUACUGCGGGAGGAAGGUGUGCAUUCCGUGUUUCCGCAGCCUCUACAGAAGCCUGUAAAGAGGAAGCGUCCAGAACGCAAGCACCAAGACUGCCCAGCCAGUGCACUGCCCAUCUGAGCGAAGUGCCUGAAGUUGAAGACCAACCUGUGUCUUCGCCAACCAAACAAUGGUGCGGGGACAAAGUCAGUGCCUCUAAAGAAGAAAUAACGCAGUUGAAGAAAAAAUUAAGAUAUUGCAGCAAACGAAGCGAAGGCUUGCGAAGAGAGAUGAGACAGCACAAGAAGUCAUCAAAGAAAUCAGAGAACGAAAACUCCUCUCAGAAAAAGGCUCGCACUUGUUUACAUCUGCCUUUUCAAGCGACAUUCAGCAGCUUCUCUGCAGGGCGGGCAACGAACAGAAGGGAAAGUACGCACCUGAGCUCCGUGCGUACGCACUGACAUUACAUUUUUAUUCUCCGGCCGCCUAUGAGUACAUCGGAUCCAAAUUCAAUGGUGCCCUUC